AUGGCCACGCCCAGGUCGACAGGUAGCUCGCGUGACCUAGAGUCGGAGCUCAAGAGAGACAAAGAAGCGGUGCCAACCGUUGCCAGCUCUCUCGAGAACGGUGUCGCCUCUAGCAACAGCAGCUUUAUUUCUGGGGAUAAGACGUUUCUUCGGGUUCCUGGCGAAGACAUUUAUGUUCCCAUCGACAAGUACGAAGGCCGGCAUCGAUGGGACCCUCAAUUUCAAUGGGAUCCCAUUGAAGAGAAACAGCUCGUGAGGAAGAUCGACCUCAGGAUAUGCACAUGGGUCUGCCUCACGUUUUUUGCGCUCCAGCUCGAUCGUGCCAACAUUGUACAAGCUCUGACGGACAAUAUGCUGGACGACCUCCACAUCAACACCAACGAUUACAACUACGGCCAGACCAUUUUUUAUCUGUGCUUCCUGGCGGCGGAACUGCCGUCGCAAUUGAUAUCGAAGAAACUAGGACCCGACAGGUGGAUUCCUAUCCAGAUGGUUUCCUGGAGUCUCGUGGCUAGUUUCCAAGCCUUUCUCAACGGAAGAUCAUCCUUUUAUGCCUGUCGAGCCUUGUUAGGAUUGAUUGAAGGAGGAUUCAUACCCGACAACAUCCUAUACCUAUCAUACUGGUACACCGGCAAAGAGCUCCCCGCACGGCUCGCCUGGUUCUGGACAUCGUAUCAAGCGACCAGCAUCGUGGGCGCAUUCCUCGCGGCCGCGAUCCUGACGAUGCGCGGUGUGAACGGCAUGGCCGGAUGGCGAUGGCUGUUUGCGCUCGAGGGGACACUGACGGGUCUGAUCGGCGUCGCGACAUACUUUUACAUGCCGCCGUCGCCGUGCCAAACGGCAUCACGGUUCCGGGGCAAGAACGGCUGGUUCACGGAGCGACAGGAAAAGAUCAUGGUCAACCGGAUCCUGCGCGACGACCCGUCCAAGGGCGACAUGCACAACCGACAAGCAGUUACCCCGAAACUGCUGUGGUAUGCCCUGUGCGACUGGGAGAUGUGGCCCAUCUACCUGAUCGGCCUGUCGUUUUUGAUCCCCAACCAGCCGAUCACGCAGUAUCUGUCGCUGAUCCUAAAGCAGUCGUUCGGUCGGUUCGAGGUCAACAUGUUGACCAUCCCGUCCUACGUGCUCUUCAUCAUCAAUUUGUUGUUCUUCACCUGGCUGUCGGAGAAGGUCGGCCAACGGUUCCUCAUGGGCCUGGUCAGCCAAUUCUGGGUCUUGCCUCUACUCAUUGUCUCGGAGUUUCUGUCCCCGGACGCCUCCAGAUGGGUCAAGUAUACUCUUGCCACAUUGCUGGUGGGAGCCCCCUACGUCCAUGCCAUCCAUGUCGCCAUCACCAGUCGCAACGCUGGCUCCGUGCGCACGCGUACUGUCGCCUCGGCGCUGUAUAACAUGUUUGUUCAGGCGAGCAGUAUCAUCGGAUCGAAUAUUUUCCGAAACGACGACAAACCCCUCUAUCGUCGAGGGUACAAAGUACUCAUCAUCAUCUGCGCAUACAACAUUCUUCUGUUUAUAUUUGCCAAAUUCUUCUAUGUCUGGAGAAACAAGGUCCGCGACCGCAAGUGGAACUCCAUGACGCCCGAGGAGCAAAGGACUUAUCUGGCCACCACCACCGAUCGCGGGAAUAAGUUGCUCACCUUCCGAUUUGCUCAUUAA